UCUGCAGGGAGAAUCAAAGAAAAACAAAAUUAAACCGUGUCCUAUAGCAGUCCGGAUUUAAUGUAUAGGUGAAGUGGUUGAGCAACAUGAACGCAUAUACAGAUGAUCGCCGAGUCAAAUAGUUCUAUUUAGAUUGAGCGAGGAGUAGAGUGCCAGUGGGGAAUCGGUUCCAGAAUCGAAAAUGGUUAACUGGGUCGAGGCACAGAAGCCGCUCCUCCACUGGCUGGUUCACCGGGCGGGCCUCCGGCAGCAAGCUAUCGAGAUCGAGCCCGGCACCGUCAUGUGCAUGUGGGUUCCCAAGCACAAGGCCACCAACAAGAAGGCGGUGGUACCGGAAGCAGCAGCAAUAACCAAGACGGCCUUCCCCGCCGCCCCGGCCAACGCCGCCACCUCCGCCAGUGAGAAGCCGGCGGUGGUCCUGGUGCACGGCUUCGCCACUGAGGGGAUCGUGACGUGGCAGUUCCAGUUCGGGGCAUUGACGAGCCAGUACGACGUGUACGUGCCCGACCUCUUCUUCUUCGGCGGCUCCACCACCGCCUCCGCCGACCGCUCCCCGGGCUUCCAGGCCGAGUGCCUCGCCGCGGCGCUGAGCAGGCUCGGCGUCGAGCGGUGCACCGCAGUGGGGUUCAGCUACGGCGGGAUGGUGGCGUUCAAGAUGGCGGAGCGGUGGCCGUCGCUGGUGACGUCGCUGGUCGUCUCCGGCUCCGUCUUCGCCAUGACGGACUCGAUCGGCAAGGCCACGCUGGACCAGCUCGGCUUCGCCUCCUCGUCGGAGCUCCUAAUGCCGGAGUCCAUCAAGGGACUCAAGGCCCUCCUCUCCAUCUCCAUGCACAAGAAGCUCUGGUUCCCCGACUUCCUCUACAGGGAUUUCCUGGAGAUCAUGUUCAGCAACAGGAAGGAGAGAGCAGAGCUACUGGAAGGUUUGGUGAUCAGCAACCAAGACGCCAAAGUGCCCACUUUGGAUCAGAGAAUCCUGUUAUUGUGGGGAGAGAAUGACAACAUAUUUAACUUAGAGCUUGCCAAGAAGAUGAAAGAACAACUGGGCGAGAAGGCUACUGUGGAAAUCAUAGAGAACGCAGGGCAUCUUGUUCACGUCGAGAGGCCGUGUGUUUACAAUCUCCACCUAAAGAAAUUCCUUGAACUCGUCAAUUCUGAAGACGCCAAGAACUGACUGCAUAAUCCUCAUGAUUCAAUUACAUGUUUGUGAACCACAUUAUUAUUGUUUGUAUUGUCUCUAAAUUGUGAGAAUAAUCGAAAGUUUUGGAAUGUUAUUAAGGAUAUAAUUUUUAUCUCUUUCGAUUUCUUCUUUUAUGAUAUUUGUUAUUAAAACUAAGUUGGUCAAAGUCAAGAUUUGAGGUCCAAUGAAGUUCGAGUCCGACGUGCGUGGUUUUAUUUUGCGGUUCGUUAGUUGGUUCAAUUCGACUACGAGCCCUAAAAUCGUCGCGUGCGCCAACCCCUGCAGGCCGAAGCGCGUCAUGAUCGCGGCCGCCAGGUCGAUCCUCCUCUCGCCUUCCCUCCGGGGCGCCGCCUCGAGGGCCGGAUCGGCGCGGCCUUCCCUUCUUCGGUCCGUCCCGAAGCAGAGGCGGCCCUCUGCGGCGCUCCGCUUCUUCAGGUCUCCUGUCGAGGCGAGCUUCUGUGUGGAAACGAUGCUGCCGAUGCACAGUGUCACGGCUUCCGCGUUGAUGACGUCGAUGCUCGCGAUUUCGCGCAGGGGUUGUGGGUGGCUGUCGGAAGCUGGCAAUGAGGAUGUAUGACAGUUGACAAGCAGAUUGAAGCGGUACUUUGGUCAAAAAAAUACCAAUACCAUUAGACGAAGUUAGCUUUGAUUAUGGAAGGAGGAUAAAUUGCAAAACUUGUGAGACAUCAGAUAGACAGAUGAUCCAAAUAUUCAAUUGUUUUCCCAUGCAUUCAUUUCUCAAUAUAAUGUCACAGUUCAUUUCUGAGCAUCAGUCUUAUGUUGGUCGAAGUUGUUCGAAAGGUUACUUCUGAUGUUGUUUAUCCAUUUUUCUUGGAUUAUUUAGCCAAAUCUUGUAUCACAAGAUGUUGCGAUACUUGGUUUUGUAUUAGCUUAUUAAAUUAUAGUUCGUCAAAUUAAAGGCAAAUUUUGGUUGGUCAUUUCUUCAA